UUUUUUUUCUAUAUUAUUUAUUUCAAUCAUAUAAAUAUAUCAUUAUUAUAGAUCCAUAAAAAAGAAUAGAUAUAUCGAUGGGAACAAAGCAUAGUAAAUCGAUUGCUUCUCAAGAUACCAAUCGCUCACGUGAAAGAUCAUUACAUGUGCAAUCUAGUCCAUCUAUCAUACUGGAUGGUCGAAUAUAUCAUGAUAUUGGCUCUAGCGCUUAUUGUUUACCACGAGAUGAAUUAGAACAAGAUCGAUUAAAUUCGCAACACUUUUCUCUCAAAGUUAUAUUUAAUGGAAAUGUUUUACCUAUUAUUGCAACCUCUUUGGCGCAGGAAGCCAAGAUUCUUGAUAUUGGAUGUGGAUCAUCUACAUGGUGUUUAGAAAUGGCGCUUGAUUAUCCUCGUUCUCAGAUUCGAGGGUUAGAUAUGGCAGAUAUGUUUCCCACGACUAUUCGACCACAAAACGUUACAUUUGAUUUACAUAAUGCUUUGGAAGGACUUCCUUAUGAAAAUAACUCUUUUGAUUUGAUACAUAUGCGACUUUUAAUCACUGCUUGGCGUGUAGAAGAAUGGAGUUUUAUAUUGAAAGAAAUUUAUCGUGUCCUGAAACCUGGAGGUUAUGUACAACUCGUGGAAUCGGACUUUACAGUAACACAAAAGAGUCCUAUGGUGGAAAUGUUCAACAAAACAUUAUAUACAACUAUACAGCAACGUGGCCUUGAUCCUUUUAUCGUGAAGCAUUUGGAUACAUUAUUACCAGAACAUGGAUUUCAAAUAGUUGAAAAGGAACUGAAAUUAGUAAACUAUGGUGAAAAAGGUAAUCCGAUUUCCCAAGAAAUGUUAUGGAAUUGGAAAAGUGCUAUGAAGGCAAUGAAACCUAUUCUAGCUCAUCAUUUACUUCGACAACCUGAAGAAUACGAACGAUUUAUUGAUCGAUAUAUUCAAGAAUGUGAACAGUUUGGUCUCUUUUUACAAAUCGGUGCUUUUGCCGCAAGAAAAUCUGUCUGAUAGAUAUUGUUGUUUAUUAUCACUAUUCCACCUUUCAUCAUAAUCACAUACACACAUUCCAUUCUUUUAGUUAUUUCCUUACUUUUAUAUGUAUAUUCAAUAUGCUUCUUCACUUUAUUAGUCAUUUGAUUCAUUAGUAUAGCACAUUCAUUCAUAUCCUCUCACUUUUUUUUUUAAUUCUUAUUUCAAGUAAUAUUACGAAAAAAAAAGAUACUUUUAUAUAUGCAAUAAUAA